CCGGGCCCAGCUAGCUCUAACCGGCUAGCAGGACUGUUGACAGUGCACCUCCCCGAAACAUCGGCAGCAGCGAAGCUGCAGAGUCGACAUGGCAGGAAAAUAUCGCAACAGUUUUGUAAAGAAAGAUGAAAUACUUCCAAGUCAUUUGGAAUAAUAUUCAUCACGAGAUGUGAUCCACCAUCCACAAUGUGUGAGGACAUUUAAGAACGAUUUAGUUCGGAAAAAAAAACAAAUCUUGAUUCCAGUGGAAUCUUCCAUAUAUCUAUAUAUAUAUAAUUAUUAUAUUUUUUUUUUCCUUUGUGUUAAUUCUUACUUACAUUUAUAUAUACACACCCAUCCCACCAACAUAUAACCAUGCCUGUGCAAGCGCCACAAUGGACAGAGUUUCUGCUGUGCCCAAUCUGCACACAGACCUUUGAAGAGACUGUUCGCCGGCCCAUCAGCUUGGGCUGUGGACAUACUGUGUGCAAGAUGUGCCUGAACAAGUUGCACCGCAAGGCCUGUCCCUUUGACCAGACGGCCAUCAGCACAGACAUCGAACAGUUACCUGUGAACACAGCCCUGUUGCAGCUGGUGGGAGGCCAGGUUCCCAAGGCUCAGCCGGUUGCCUUGAUUACAAGUCCAGAGGACACUCAGAACUAUGAGGUGGCUAGACAGUGUGUGGAGGAGCUGGCCCUGUACCUCAAACCCCUCAGCAACACCCGAGGUGUGGGUCUGAGCAGCACAGCCCAAAGCAUGCUGAGUCGACCCAUGCAAAGGAAAUUGGUAACUCUAGUCCACUGCCAGCUGGUGGAGGAGGAGGGACGGGUCAGAGCCAUGAGAGCGGCGCGCUCUCUUGGCGAGCGAACUGUCACCGAACUCAUCUUGCAGCACCAGAAUCCCCAGCAGCUGUCCUCUAAUCUGUGGGCCGCUGUUCGUGCACGGGGCUGUCAGUUCCUAGGCCCAGCAAUGCAGGAGGAAGCCCUGAAGUUGGUUCUCCUCGCUUUGGAAGAUGGUUCGGCUUUGUCCAGAAAAGUGUUGGUUCUUUUUGUAGUCCAAAGGCUUGAACCACGCUUUCCUCAGGCCUCGAAAACCAGCAUAGGCCAUGUGGUACAGCUGCUUUACAGAGCUUCCUGCUUCAAGGUUACCAAACGGGAUGAAGAUUCAUCUCUCAUGCAGCUGAAAGAGGAGUUUCGUACGUACGAGGCUCUGCGGCGGGAGCAUGACUCUCAGAUUGUUCAGAUCGCCAUGGAAGGGGGGUUGCGCAUCGCGCCUGACCAGUGGUCUUCUCUGUUGUAUGGAGAUCAGUCACACAAGUCACAUAUGCAGUCUAUCAUAGAUAAGCUGCAGACCCCGGCAUCUUUUGCUCAAAGUGUGCAGGAGCUGACAAUUGCACUGCAAAGGACUGGGGACCCAGCCAACCUCAACAGACUACGACCCCACUUAGAGCUGCUGGCAAACAUCGAUCCCAGUCCCGAUGCUCCUCCGCCAACAUGGGAGCAGCUUGAGAAGGGGUUGGUAGCAGUGAAAACAGUGGUCCAUGGCCUGGUUGAUUUCAUUCAAAACCACAGCAAAAAAGGAGCUGAUCCUCAACAGCCUCCUCAGCACAGCAAAUAUAAAACAUACAUGUGUCGUGACAUGAAGCAGAAAGGCGGCUGUCCUCGCGGUGCCAGCUGUACCUUUGCCCACUCUCAGGAAGAACUAGAGAAGUAUCGUAAGAUGAAUAAGCGCAUGGCGGGUCGCUCAGGAGUGGUGUUUCCAGACGACGGCCUUACUCCUGAUGUAACGGUGACCCGAAAGCAUUCACCAGUCACCAAUGGCAGCGUCGCGCCGAACUUGCCCCAAUUAGUCGCCCGCGGCACCGACACAGUCCCAUAUGAGUUGCUGUCUAAAACUGCCAAGCAGGACGGAGGAAGUCCAAGUGUUCCUGGAUCGCCACCAGAUGUCCUGGACUCCAUGCCCAAAAGCAGUAUACCACUGCCACCUCAUGCAAUGGCUCACCCCAGGAUACCAGCAGAUCACCUCACAGGGGUCAAGCAUAUCCCCGGGGUCCCCAGGGGCUCUCCAGUUUAUCCCCAACCACAACCCCGUGACGUAUAUGACAUUCGUCCCCCACCUGCCUCUCAGUAUGAGCCGCCACAGUACCCAGGAGGUUAUCCCUACCAACAGCCAACACAGUAUGUCCGGGAAUACAUCCGUAACCCCCCUCCGCCGAGUGAGUCAGGACCCCCUUACCAUGACCCUUACAGCGGCUACAGCACUCCGGACCGCCCCUACCCCUCCCAGCACUCUGGCCCACCUUUUCCCUACUCCCACCCAUCUCACUAUGACAGAGGUCACCACAGUACCUACAACGUCCCUCCCCCGCCCCCUCAGCCUUAUCCGUCUCAGAGGGAUCCCCUCGAUGUCCCGCCCCCCUCAGCGGGGCAGGCCAACUCUCUCUACCACCAAGAAGCGAGUUCCCGGGACAGAUACGCCCCAGACGGCUACUAUCCUCCGGGUUCCCAGCCUCCACCUAUGAGGACCUACGUCAGGGGGUCACAAUACAGCGGUUCACAGCCCAGCCUGGACUAUCUCCACCGACGACGGCAGGAACUGUUAUCUCAGCUGGCAGAAAGGAAGGUGAUCUCUCCUCCACCAUUUGCUGCCUCCCCCACUCUUUCACAUCCCUUCCCCAGCGACUACCCCCCUGAGUAUGGCGACGAGAGCUCCAAAACGAUGAAAUGCAGAGAGCCCGACUACACGGGGCAGUACUCGCCCUGGUCCUGCGAAACCAUUGGCUCUUAUAUUAACUCAAAGGAUGCCAAACCUAAGAACCUUAUGGCUCCUGGUAGCAUGGAGAUGAUGAAUGUGGACGAUAAAGGUCAGAGGGAGCCAUCAUUGGAGGCCCCUCGCAGGGGAACAGAAGUGAAAGAUGAUGACCCUAUUAUACCUUUUGGCCCCCAGCCCACUGUGUCACGCUUUGGCGCCAUCUCCCGCACUUCAAAGACUGGCUAUCAGACCACUGGCCCAGUGCAAGCUAUGGCUUCCACUCUUCAGAACCCCAACUCUAAACACAUGACCAUGCCUGAUUACUCAUAUGGAAGUCAUGGAGCAUGGGCUGGAGCUUCAUACCCCUCCCACCAGACUGCCUCCUCCUCUCAGGGACACUUUGAGCGCCUUCCCAUGACAACCCCAGAUCGAGAACAGUUAAAGAUUGAGCUGCAGCAGGUCAAUCAGCAGAUCACUCAACAGACUCAGAUGCACAACAUAGAGGCCGCCAGUAACUCUUUGCUCCUGCAGAGGGAGGCCAGCGCAUUGGUCGUCCAGCCUGUGCAACCCAGCCAGGGCUCAGCGGCAGUGGUUCCACAGCAACCGCAGCCCAAAUGGCCAGUAGGGGGUGCCGGAGUGCCAGCUGUCUCCAAUGAGCAGUUAAGCUUGGAGCUCCACCAGGUGGAGAGAGAAAUUGGCAAGAGGACCCGAGAGAUGGCUUUGCAGGAAAACCAAGUAGCUCAUGAUGUUCAACAGUACAAAAUGCAGCCUGCAGAGAAUGGACAACCAGAGCACGAGAACCAGCUGGAAGAAAUCUCUCUGGCUCUCGGCGAAGUGUCCAACGGCUCCAGCAGUCUGCAAGAAAAUGCAGUGGGCGGGUCCAUGAUGUCACUGACCAAUAAGACGGCUGGAUUGAGCAUGUGUUCUGAUCCAGUUGUUGCUGGUUCAGAGAUGCAGAAGAAUGGCGUUGUCCACUCCUGCUCAUAGGAACACACACUUAUGUACACACACUUACACACACACACACACACACACACACACAAACAAACGCAUACAAGAUGCUCAUUUGAAAAGCAUGCACAGGCACACAUACACCCAUUCUAUUUAGAAGAUGAGCAGUAUCUGCCGUGAUGAUUUUCUUUCUUUUUGUUCUGUGAAUGAGCUUUUUUAUGACUUUCCUUGCCUGGAAACCAGAGCAUAUAAUAACAUUUCUUUUGUGUCAUUUCUUUCUUUUUUUUUUCUUUUUUUGUACUGGUAUUUGAUUAACAAAGCUCAAAAUUUAUACAUCAGGAAAAAUAAAUGGUGGUGAUGAUGACAGCAUGUGUAUAUUUAUUAAAAUUGAUAAAACGCCAUAAAAGCAGAAUUAAACUUAAUACCCUCUCACUCCCCCCAGGAAAAAAAAAAAAA